UUAGUGAGGCUUCAGUCCCACCUUCUCGCCAGUGGAAUUUCAUCACAGCUUCUGCACCUUUAGGGCAGACGAGAACAUAAAAUAAGCAAAAGCUGGCAGGCUGACGCGAACUGGCAGCUUUACAGGACGGAUUAUCUGGUACUGACCAUUUAGCUGUGGCACACUCGGACUCUGUGUUAACGUGGGAUUUUGACCAUGAGCUCAGUCGCUGUACUUACGCAGGAAAGCUUUAAUGAACACCGCAGUGGGCUCUUGCCAGAGCAGAGUGGUGCUGUUGUGGCAGGAUCCAGUGGUGCAGGGGAUGAAGAUGCCCUUCCUACCUACAAGGAUGCCUUCCCCCCUCUGCCUGAGAAGGCAGCCUCACCUGAGGGGACCCAGGAAUCGGCCAACGCCUGGACAUCUAAGAUCCGUCCUCUCAAGUCUUCUGUUAUCACCCAGGUUUUCCAUGUGCCACUGGAGGAGCGCAAGUACAAGGACAUCAACCAGUUUGGGGAGGGCGACCAAGCAAAGGUCUGUGUGGACAUCAUGCACAAGACCGGAGCCCACCUGGAACUCUCCAUGGCUAAAGAUCAGGGUCUCUCCAUCAUGGUGUCUGGAAAGUUAGAUGCUGUGAUGAAGGCCCGUAAGGAGAUUGUGUCCCGACUGCAGACUCAGGCUUCAGCUACUGUCGCCAUCCCCAAGGAGCACCAUCGUUUUGUCAUUGGCAAGAAUGGGGAGAAACUUCAGGAGCUAGAGCUCAAGACUGCCACCAAAAUCCAGAUCCCACGACCUGACGACCCCAGCAACCAGAUCAAGAUCUCUGGCACUAAGGAGGGCCUGGAGAAGGCAAAGCAUGAGAUCCUCCUGAUCUCUGCUGAGCAGGACAAGCGUGCUGUGGAGAGGGUGAACAUUGACAAGGUGUACCACCCAUUCAUCACUGGUGCCUACAAUAAACUAGUAGGAGAGAUGAUGCAAGAAACGGGUGCCCGCAUCAAUGUACCCCCUCCCAGCGUGAACAAGACGGAGAUUGUCAUCACUGGGGAGAAGGAGCAGGUGGCCCUUGCUGUGGCUAUGAUCAAGAAGAUUUAUGAGGAGAAGAAGAAGAAUGCCACCACCAUUGCAGUGGAGGUUAAGAAGUCUCAGCACAAGUAUGUGAUCGGCCCCAAGGGAAACACCUUGCAGGAGAUCUUGGAGAGAACUGGUGUCUCAGUUGAGAUCCCACCUUCUGACAGCAGCUCAGAAACUGUCAUCCUUCGUGGGGAGCCAGACCGACUGGGUCAGGCCCUCACUGAAGUUUACGCCAAGGCCAACAGCUACACUGUUUCCUCGGUCUCAGCUCCUUCCUGGCUUCAUCGAUUCAUUAUUGGCAAGAAGGGGCAGAACUUGGCCAAGAUUACCCAACAAAUGCCCAAGGUGCACAUUGAGUUCACUGAGGGAGAGGAUAAGAUCACCCUGGAGGGUCCCACCAAAGACUUGCAGAUGGUGCAGAGCCAGAUUGAAGCCAUUGUUACAGAUCUGGUGAGCCGUAUGGAUUAUGCGGAGAUUAGCGUGGAUCCAAAAUUCCACAGACACCUAAUUGGGAAAGGUGGUGUUAACAUCAAUCGCAUCAAAGAGCUGCACAAAGUGACUGUCCGUAUACCCCCUGACAAUGAGAAAAGCAACCUGAUCCGCAUUGAAGGGGAUCCCCAGGGUGUGCAGGAAGCCAAGAAGGAGCUGCUUGAGCUUGCGUCACGCAUGGAGAAUGAGCGUACAAAGGACCUGAUCAUUGAACAGCGUUUUCAUAGAGCCAUCAUCGGGCAAAAAGGGGAGAAGAUAAAAGAAGUGCGCGACAAAUUUCCUGAGGUCAUCAUUAAUUUCCCCGACCCGGCGCAGAAGAGUGACAUCGUUCAGCUUCGGGGCCCACGGACUGAAGUGGAGAAAUGCUCCAAGUUCAUGCAGAAGAUGGUGGCUGAAAUGGUGGAGAACAGCUUCUCUGUUUCAGUGCCCAUCUUCAAGCAAUUCCAUAAGAACAUAAUUGGAAAAGGAGGAGCAAAUAUCAAGAAGAUUCGCGAGGAAACCAACACAAAAAUCGAUCUCCCUGCUGAGAAUAGCAACUCGGAGAUGAUUGUCAUAACUGGUAAGAAGGCAAACUGUGAGGCUGCCCGAAAUCGCAUCUUGGCCAUUCAGAAGGAGCUGGCAAACAUUACAGAGGUGGAGGUUUCCAUUCCCUCAAAACUACACAAUUCCCUGAUUGGGUCAAAGGGCCGCUUUGUGCGCUCAAUCAUGGAGGAAUGUGGUGGUGUGCACAUCCACUUCCCAACUGAGGGCUCAGGCAUCGAUAAAGUCACCAUCCGAGGCCCUGUUGAGGAUGUGGAGAAGGCCAAGCAGCAACUGCUUGCCUUGGCAGAGGAGAAGCAAACAAAGAGUCACACCGCUGAGCUGCGUGCGAAGCCAGAGUACCACAAGUUCCUCAUCGGGAAAGGAGGCGGAAACAUCCGUAAAGUUCGGGACAGCACUGGUGCCAGGAUCAUUUUCCCCACUGCAGAUGACCAGGACCAGGAGCUGAUCACUGUGGUUGGCACAGAAGAGGCUGUGCGUGAGGCCCAGAAAGAGCUGGAGGAACUCAUUAAGAGUUUGGAUAACGUCGUCGAGGAUACAAUGAGUGUUGAUCCCAAGCACCACCGCUACUUUGUGGCUCGCCGUGGCCAAGUCCUUAGGGACCUUGCUGAUGAGUAUGGUGGCGUGAUGGUGAGCUUCCCGCGCACUGGUUCUCAGAGUGACAAGGUCACCCUCAAGGGAGCCAAAGAAUGUGUGGAGGCAGCCAAAAAGAGAAUGCAGGAAAUCAUUGAGGACUUGGAUGCUCAAGUGACCAUGGAGUGUGUCAUUCCUCAAAAAUUCCACCGUUCCAUCAUGGGUCCCAAGGGCUCACGAAUCCAGCAGAUCACCAGAGAUCAUAAUGUACAAAUUAAGUUCCCUGACCGUGAAGACGUUCAAGCUGCCCCUCCUGCAGAGGCUCCUGUACAGGAGAAUGGGGAGACUAAUGGAGAAGUGAAGGAGCCUGGUGAUCCAGCUGCACCUAAGAAGUGUGAUGUGAUUGUGAUUUCUGGACGCAAAGAACGGUGUGAGGCUGCAAUAGAAGCAUUGAAGGCCUUGGUUCCUGUCACCAUUGAGGUUGAAGUGCCUUUUGAGCUUCACCGUUACAUAAUUGGGCAGAAAGGAAGCGGAAUUCGCAAGAUGAUGGAUGAAUUUGAGGUUAAUAUUCAAGUGCCUGCUCCUGAGCUGCAGUCUGAUAUAAUCUCCAUCACUGGCUUGGCCAAUCAUCUAGACCGCGCCAAAGAGGGCCUCCUGGAGCGUGUCAAAGAGCUUCAGGCUGAGCAGGAGGAUCGGGCACUCAGGAGCUUCAAGUUGACCAUCACUGUGGACCCCAAGUAUCACCCCAAGAUCAUUGGCCGCAAAGGUGCCAUUAUUACCAACAUCCGCACUGAGCAUGAUGUGAACAUCCAGUUCCCAGAGAAGAAUGAUGAAAACCAGGAUCAGAUUACCAUUACAGGGUAUGAGCACAAAGCCACAGCUGCACGAGAUGCCAUCCAGGCUAUUGUAGAUGAGCUGGAAGAGAUGAUCUCUGAGGACAUCACUCUUGACAGCAGGGUCCAUGCCCGCAUUAUUGGAGCCCGUGGCAAGGGCAUCCGCAAGAUCAUGGAUGAGUUUAAGGUUGAUCUCAGGUUUCCCCAGAGUGGAGCUGCAGACCCAAACAUUGUGACAGUAAUGGGUCGUCCCGAGCUUGUGGAUGAAGCCAUCGAUCAUCUCCUUAACCUGGAAGAGGAAUAUAUGGCAGAUGUUGUUGAGAGUGCAAAGAUGGCUCACAUUCGGCCCUCUGGGAGUAGUGCUGCUGCCAUGGAUGAAUCCCGCGGCUCAUCCAAAGGUUUUGUGGUGAGGGAAGCCCCCUGGACCACUGGUAGUGAGAAGGCCCCAGAUAUGAGCAGCUCUGAAGACUUCCCUAGCUUUGGAGCCCCAGUAGCUACCAAGGCUUCUCCCUGGGGACCCAAGCGCUUCUAAGCUGUGCUGCUACAGACGGGCCCAAACUCAACCAGACACAAUCUUCCCCUUCAUCGUCCCCUCUUGACCUGGACUGACCGCUGACCCUCAAAGUCUUCAGUUCUGAGAAUGUCAUGCUUCUGUCUACUUAUCGUGGUCUGCCUUUGCAGAUUCAUCAUGAAAUCAAAAGUGCUUUUGGAAACUGUAAUUGACUUGUGAGCUUUGUAUCUGCAUUCAAUAAUACUGUCUUCUGCAAAAAAAAAAAGAAACAAACAUAAGGUAUUGUGAGAGAUGUUGCGGUUUAGUCUAUACAGUCAGUUAAAGACUCAAGUUUAAAUGUUGAUUAGACCUAACAUGUCAUUGUGGUUUGAAUUGUUAUACCAAAUUCCAAGGUGGCCAGACGACUUCACAAACUUUUUUAAAUUUACUGAGCUGCCCUUCUCUUAGUUGCCUUCGCAGGCUGGGGCAAAGGGGUUGUUACUGCUGGUGACAUGUUAAAACACGCUGUUGGGGCCAGCUUUCUCAGUAACGCCCCUCCCCUCCUGCUUUCUUCAUGUAGCUGAGUGAAAUCUGUCAGUUGUUAGCCUUCAAGCACAUUGUAGUGAUUGUCCUCUGUCACAUCUUUCCCAUUUGCUUGUAACUGUGCUUCUAUGAAUAUGGUCAAGUAGUGGCAUGUACCUUGUAGCCUUAUGAAUUGGUCAAAUUUGUUUGCAGAGGUUUCAGCCACUGCAGAAUGGCACACACUCAGACUGCCAGAUGCUUUGGAGAUCAUGCCGAAACUAUACCGUUUCUUACAACACUAGGCCUAGAGCUCCAAUGUAUCAAACCUCACACUAACUGUUGAAUGAACUUUUUUCCACUUUUUUUUUUUUUUUUUUUUUUUUUUUUUUUUUGGGGACAUUCAAACUUGUAUCACUCUACGUUAACAGUAUGAUCAUGUUAUGUGAGCAAAACAGCAGACCAUCUUGUGCCAACUAUGUCUAGUGACGUCCUGUGUUAAUCAUCUUUGAUAUUGGGUCAGUGUCCAGUCCCUUUGUCUUCCAGUUGCUAUGCAGAUUGUUCUGUUUAAUAGCAAUGGCCCUUUUUAUCAGCCUUACAACUAGAAUGAUAUAAACCAGGAAGAGCUGAUGUCAAGGUGCAUUUUAAAAGGAGAACUGGAAGGUAUGUUUAUGGUUCCUUUGAAAGCUCUUGGAACAUUUUGCUCCAGUUGUUGCACUUCGUUUCAUUCUUGGAAUGUCUCAAUUUUGCUUGAGGAGUGCAAAUUUAGCUUGGUAGCUGCUAUUUCAUCAUCUAGCAUCAGCUUACCUUGGUUUAUAUCCUUCUAGCAUUGAAUGAAAGAUUAUGCAAAUACCAUAGAAGUGAACGAUUAUGGAUGACACUGGAAAUUAAAUUGUCCAAAAAGUCAAUAAAAAUUGAAAACAU